AUGAGCAGACCUUUCCCAUGCCCAUUCCCCUACAGGCAACAACUGCCUAGAUUAUUUGCAGUUGAGAGUGAAUGUCCAGUUAAUUCAUGGAGUAGAGAGGCAGAAGCCGAGGGAGGGUUAUCUUGUGUAGCAGCAGAUGAUGGAUCUGCUCUUGUAUUAGGAGUGUAUCCAGAAGAUGAAUUUUCUGGAGGUACUGUCUGCCUGACCAAGGCAGCAGCUUUAUUCAAUCAUAAUGUAAAUGGAAAACUUGUUGAAUUGUUGAAGGCUUCUGGACCACUUCCAAAGUUAGGAGAAAUAAGAGUAUUUCCAAAAGUAGAACCAGUAUUUAGUGUUGUAGCUGUUGUUGGACUCGGAGAAAAUAAUUCAGGUUACAGUAAGACAGAGCAGAGAGACGAAUCUAAGGAAAAUAUAAGAAAAGCCGUCGGCUUAGCUACUCGCUACUUCCAGUCACUCAAUGUCCAAAAAAUAUUUGUAGACAGUUUUGAAGACCCUGAAUCUACAGCAGAAGGGGCUUACAUGGCACUGUGGGAAAACCAACUUCUCAGAGCUCAUAAGAACAGAUCUGUGAAAAUUCCAGAUGUUCAAAUGUACGGAGAUUGUGACUGGAAAAAAUGGCGCAUAGGACUUGAAAAAGCAGAGGCACAAAACUUUGCUCGUAAGUUGAUGGAACUACCGGCAAAUUUGCUAACACCGAGAUCUUUUAGUCACACCAUUGUGCAAAAUCUGUGUAAGACCAAUGUUGACGUUUGUCUUCGGCCAGAAGCUUGGUUGAGAGAAAACAACAUGAAUGCAUUUAUAGCCAACGUAAAAGGAUCUCCUCAACCUCCGUUUCUUUUGGAGAUGACGUACAACGGGUGUGAUCCUGCUGUUCCACCCAUUGUCUUGAUUGGUAAAGGGCUGACUUUUAACAGUGGAGGUCUGUGCAUCAAAAGCUGCGAGGAAAUGAAGCACAUGCGAGGAGACAUGGGAGGAGCUGCGAUUGUAGCUGCGACAAUCAGGGCACUGGCGAAUCUUGGGCUACCGAUAAAUGUUAAAGGCUUGAUACCACUCGGUGAAAACAUGCCUGGUGCGACAGCAUUUAGACCUCGUGAUAUUGUCAAGUCUGCCAGUGGGAAAUCAAUCUUAAUUUCUCCUAGAGACUUUAACGGGACUUUGAUGCUAGCAGACACGCUAUGUUAUGCUCAACAAUUCAACCCUAAAUAUGUACUAACCCUUGCAACUAUGACUAAAGAGAUCCAAACCUCCUUUGAUUUGUCUACUAACGCUGUUUACACUCAAAAUGAACAUUUGUGGCAACUGCUAAAAACUGCUUCUAUUCAUACUGGAGACAGACUUUGGAAACUACCGUUGUGGAACAUGUUUGAAAGAGAAGUGAAAGAUUUUACUUGUGCGGAUUUGUCGGUUUUGUCAAAGUACUUCAGGAGAGGAAUACCGGCGACUACAACAGCUUUGCUUAAUCAGUUCACUUGUAAGCCUAACUGGGCAUUUAUCGACUCAUUUGGCACUAUGCAUGAAGACGGUAAAACCACAUAUCUUAAAAAAGGAAUGUCUGGUAGACCAACAAGAACGGUAAUAGAAUUCCUUGGGCAGAUGGCUUAUCCUCCAAAUGAAGCAUUGGAUCAACGUGGUGACAUUAAAGAGUGA